AUGAAAGCCAAAGCCUGCACCCGCUGCCGUCAGUGGAAGGUGGGCUGCGAUGCCGACGUCGCCGGGCCUGAGGGCUGUACGCGCUGCCGCAGCGUCAAUGCCAAGUGCGUCUUUGGGCCCAACUUUCGCCGGACGCCCAAGAGGCGCAUGUUGGCGGAUUUGCAGGAUGAGGUGACUCGGCUGAGGGCCUUGACGUCGGUGUUGACUGUUGGAGAACGAGAACGGGCACAAGGGCAAGGACAAGGACAAGCACAGGUCCCCGUCGGCGAGAGUCCUACGACGUCGUUGGAAACAAACGUUUCGUCGUGGGGGGUGGAAAAUACUUCUUCUUCCUCAUCAGCUAUUGUUGUCGAGUCUAUACCGACCGCAGUCCAGCAACCACCACCGCCACCAGCAACAGAAUCUCCUCCUCCCCCAAUACCGGUUCCAAAUCUGUACUAUAAAGGCAGCAGCCACGUCCAGCUCACGGUCACACAGGCCAACGAGCUGUUCCGCAUCUACUUCACGAGAUGUCACCCGUAUCUUCCCUUUGAGAUGUGCCGGUCGGUCCAGAUCGUCUACGAUCGCUGUCCGCUCCUCUUCUGGGUUGUCUGCGCCGUGGCAUCCACGGACAAAGCACGACCCCAACUUGCAGAGAUUGUCCGCAGUCACGUCGGCAGCGUGUUGGAUCCCAGCACCGGCUCCGUGGAGGUGGUCCAGGCCCUGUUGAUCCUGGCGAUGUGGCCCUUUCCUUUCAAAUCGCAGCGAUUUGACCCGUCGUUCAUGUACGGCGCACUAGCAUGUCAACUGGCGUUGCAGAUUGGCUUGCCUCGACCGGCGGUGACAUAUCCCGGCUGCGCAAAGUCUGACACCGUGAACAACGACGACCACGGCGUGCGGACCACAACGUGGAUCGCGUGCUUCGUGGUCAACCAGAUCCUCGCCAGCCGACUGGGAGUUCCCGCCACCAUCUUCGCCGACUACGCGCUCCUGUCGUCCCUCGACGACCCUCUGGUGUCGCCGCAGCUGUCCCACCUCUGCGCCAUCUCCCACCUGACCGUGGAAUCGGCGCACGCGAUCGGUGCGCGGGCUGUGAACGUCUCCGGCCUCGCUGACCCGAUCCCACGGAUCAGCCUGAUCACCAUCUUCGCGCAACAGUUCGACGAACUGCGGCGCACGCGGUUCCCUUCGCCGAGCGAGAUCGAGGAGAUCUUCUUCCUCAGCUCGACGCUGCAACUGUGGUCGUUCGCGCUGCACAACGACGUGCCCAUCUCUGCCGAGACGUUUUCGAUCGUGCAGCGCGCGCGCCACGACGCCAUCCGCCUGAUCCAGGUGGCGUGCGAGAAGAACCUGGGCCUCGUGCCCUUUUACACGCACCGCUCCGUCUGCUUCGCCGCCCUGCUGCUGUACCACAUCAAGCUCAGCCCGUACGGCGUCCUCAGCGACGCCCUCCUCGACGACCACAUCGCCCGCGCCCAGCAGGCCCUGCAGUCGCGCACGGGGCCCGACCUCGCCCGCUUCCUCCAGACGCUGACCUCGCCCGAGAACCGGGCCGAGUUCAUCGCCCGCCGCGACAAGACCGCCUCGCACCGCUGGAAAAUGGGCGCCGCCUUGACGUUCGACUCGGCCCACGCGUACGCAAACCUGACCACGCAGGCCGAGGCGCUGUUUUUCCCAGAGUUGUUGGACCUCGAUGGGUUUUUGUUCGAGACGCCGACUUCGACGACCAUGUUGGGGUGA